AUGGUAUUUGCUGGAUACGCGAACUAUCAAAUGCUGUUCAAGCCAUUAUACGUUCAGCUAUAGAAAAUAAUGCAUAUUAUUUUCACCCAGAAAAUAUAUUAUUAGCCAUGAUAACCGACGCUGAUCCAGAGAUACGUAAUGAUGGGUACGAAAAAAUCAAAACAGCACGUCAAUAUCCACCAGCAGGGCUUCGCGUGUUCAAGGUCCCAAAGCGUGGCGUAAUAAACUUUGAAAGUAAGUCGUAUGUCAGCAUGAUCGAUUGGAGUCAGUUUAAGAUUACGGAACCCCCUUGUGUGCAGUUCUACCCAGAUAGUGAACUUACAAUGUUUCAAUUUUCGGAAAAUGAAGUGAUAAAUAUCCCAGAGUUCCUCUGUCAUUCCCAGAAUACCGAACGGUUUGUGCGUGUUGUUAGUGAGUCUGCAAGUGCUGUCACUGAUGAAAAGCGCCUGGGCCACAUUUUUGCAAAAUUAGAAAGCCGAGACCAAUAUAAAAGCCUUGAUUAGCGCCAAAAUUUGCUUAAGUAGCAAUAAAUAUUGUAAGUGAAAUAACUUUUUUGUUGAUUAUUUUAGUAAUAUAGUUUGAAGGCAACAUUUUCUUGAAUUUUUAA